AUGGAGAACCAAUAGUAAUAAACAGAAUUGAAAGAGACUCAAGUAUUGAAGGAAAUUUAAGCAGAUACUUAGUAAAAAUCAGAAAUUAAGACUGAAAAGUUAGAAGCUCAAAAUUAGCAAUUGUCUGAGUCUGAAAGUAAAUCAGAAGAUCAUUCUGUUUUACUUAGCAAAAGUCACCAAUAUUUAAAUAGAAGAGUUGAGUGCCAAAGUUUCUAUGGAACAAUUAAAUACAGCGGACCUCUUUUACAUGAAGGAAGACCUGCAAAUAGCGAAAAUUAACUAUGGUUUGGAGUAGAAUGGGAUGAUGAAACUAGAGGAAGACAUAAUGGAACUGUAAAAGGAACUUAAUAUUUUUAAACAAAAGAUGAUAAAAACUCAGGAACUCUAGUAAAAUAUGAAAAAGUUAGCAUUGGUAUUGAUAUUUUAGAUGGUAUAUUAGCUAAAUACUUUAAAGAAAAUAUUCCUUAAAACCUCAAAUAGCAAAUACAAGAUUAAGUUGAUAGAAAGUAUAAAAAGCAGGUGCUAAAAACUGAAGUUGAGAACCUUCCGGACUCAGUAUAAUAAGAAAUAAAUUCUGAGAAGCUGAAAGAGGAGGAAGAGUAAAAGCGUGGUGAAGAAUAAAUUAAGAAAGUAAUUUAAGUAGAAAUGGAUGAGGAAGCCUAUUUUGAAACAUUUAAGAAGCAUAAAAAGAUGGUACAAUUUUACGGCUUUGAUAAGAUUUGGAAUAGACUUAAUAAUAUAACUGAGUUGACUGAGAUGUCUUUGUAGGAAGUAUGCAUUUCUGAUUUAGGUCAUUCAAAUUACUUGAGAAGAUUGCUUCCAAAUUUAAAAACACUCUCUUUGGAAAAGAAUUUGCUUUUUGACUGGGAUUAGGUUUUCUAAAUAGGCUACGAAUUAGAAUAAUUAGAGAGUCUUUCUAUCACUAGUAACAAGCUCAUGCCAUUAGAGAGAAAUGUUUCAGAAAGAUAUUCUAAAGAUGUAGAGGAAAAUACUCUUAUGUGCUGGAGUAAUUAUACAAGGAUUAAAGAUGUUACUCCUAUGGGAGUAUUCCAUUCACUCAAAACACUUAUCGUAAUUGAUUGCAAUUUAAAUUGGACAUAAGUAAGUCGUUUCUUGCCUGCUUUCCCAGCUCUAGAAGAGUUGUUUUUAUGCAGAAAUAAUAUGACAGAUUUUGAAAAUUUUACUUACAGAGAUGAAGACUUAAAAAAUUUAACUUUGCUUAAUUUAGAAAACACAGAAUUGGAUAACAUUGAGGGACUUAAAGUUCAUUUAAAUAAACUUUCUAAGCUCUAAAAACUCAUUCUUAACAAGAACAAGUUAACUUAAUUGGGUAAUCUUGAAGUCUAUGAAAGCAUCACUCACAUAUCUUUAGAGUCUAACCUGAUUGAAGAUCCAAUUAUUUUUACCUAGCUAUCUAAAUUUCCCAACCUAACUUAUUUAAAUAUUAAGCAUAAUCCUAUUGGUGAUAAGUGUGGAAAAUCUUAUGUCCGCCAAAGAGCUGUUGCAGAAUGCCCAAAUCUCAAUAUAAUUAAUGGUUCAAAUCUAAAGAAAUACGAAAGAAAGGACUGUGAAAUUUUCUACUUGAGAAGAACUUUUGAUGACUAUUUUAACCUAACUGGAUAAGUUUAUUACAAGUAUAAUCUUUAGUAAUUCCUUGAAUGGGCUGCUAAGGAGCAUCCAAACCACGGUAAACUAUUACAUAAGUAUGGUAACCCUUACGAGUAAUAGCCAGAAGAACCUAAAAAUAUUACAGAAGACUCAGCCCCUAAAAAUGUCAUGGUUUAGUUAAAUCUUAUAGCUGCAGCAGGACCUCAACUAGGAAAACCUAAUAAAAGCAAAAAAUUCCCUGAUAACACAUCCAUUUUAAGCUUAAAAAAUGUUUUAAGCAAGUUAUACGGUAUUCCAAACGACAAGCUAAUUUUAAAAUACAGAGUUAACUAGCAUGAUCCAAAUGAAAUCUUAGAUGAAGAUCAUAAAACUUUAGGUUUCUAUGGAAUUAAAGAUAAUUCAACUCUAAUAGUCGAUUAAUUAGAUUGA